AUGAUUAACGUUGGUAUAGGAGAUACCAAUUCCCGUAAGAAUCAGAAGCUUCUUUCGGAAAUUAAUAGCAAUAAUACCAUAUCAAUUAAGUUAACUAAACAUUUAAAUGAACUCAAUGCUUUCACCAAAGAGUUUCUCAGCCAACAAGCACCGAUAUUAAUGAACUAUUCUAAUACUGCAAAUGAAGAAAUUGAUCAAUUGCAAAAUGUCUUCCAAGAAGUGUACUCUUUGUAUCAAGUGGAUAAGUCUAAGGUUAAGAAAUUACCGAGUUUAGCCCAAUUAAAAUCACUCAGAACCAAUUUAGGAGAUUUCCAAACCAAUAAGGUGGAUCCACUUAGUAUUAGUUUGACUAAUUUCAUUAAUUAUUAUACUCUAAUUGGAAUUAAUCAAGAGUUAUCAACCACACUCAUAUAUCGAACCAUUGUGAACUAUAAUCAAAUCAAUUAUUGGACCGACCUUCAAGAAUCAAAUUUACUGAAAUUGGUGUAUGGUAUUCAAAUCUUACCAAUUGAAAUAUGGAACUUGAGUCAAGGAAUCUUAUUACAGUCAAAGGAAAAACUCAAGCUCAGUAAUUACGAUAGAUUUUUAGCAAUUGCUAAAAGCAGUUUUGUUGAUUUUGUUAAAGAUUCAGUAAGACUUACUAACCCUAUAAAUUUUUUGCAGAAAAAGGAAUCAAUGAGAGAAGUGAUUGGUAGAAUCAUUUACUCACCUGUUCAAAUGAUUAACAAGCGAAUUACAGCCAAGAUUGAACUAAUCAAUAAACAACUCGAAAUCAAUUAUGAGCAAUUGGGAUUGUUAAUGAAAAACUUGCCAAUUGAUAUAUUACAAAAUGAGAAAUUUACCAAGGAAAUUGAAUUUGAAAGUAAUUUAAAAAUUUUGGAAAAAAUUAGUGAUUUAGAAUUACUGAUCAGUUCUAAUUCGAUCAAUCAACGUAUCAACACUUUGACUGAUCGUAUCAAUAAAAUGAGUCAGUAUCAUGAACAUUUAUUGGCAACUCAAAAACCAGGGAUUCUCAUUAGAUACUGGCCAAUGUUAUUAAUUCUCAUCAAAUACGGACCACUGCAAUCAAUUAACUUAUUUCAAAAUCGAAAACUUAUCUGUCAAUGGAUCCAACAUAACUUGAUUGAUACCAUAAUUGGUUUCUGGACUAAUUGGGUAAUCACCCCAUUAACUAAUAUGUUUGGAAUUUUAAGAAAUGAUGAAAUGAAUGAAUUAAGUAUUACCAGUAAAGAAUCUUUGAAAAGUGAUUUAGAUUCUUUAGAAAGAAUGGUGAUUGAUUAUGCCGUGGAUUAUAAUAAAACUGAUGAGAGUGAUGAAUUGAAACUACAAAUCCAUAACGCCGUCAAUCAAGGUGAUUUAACUAUUUUAAUGUCAAAUUACGAACAAGAUUUGAAAAAUCCAAUUAAAUCUUUAGUGAAAGGUUCUUUGGUCCGAGCUUUAUUAAUCCAAAUCCAGAAAACCAAAGUAGAUGGUGGUUUGGCCAUCAACGGUAUUGAUAAAUUAUUAAAGUCCCAACAAUUGGUCUUUGGGGUGGUUUCAAUUAGUCCUUCAAUCUUUAUUAUUUAUCAACUUUACAAUCAAUUGAUCAGUAAGCGCAAUGAAAGAGGCUUGAUCAUCAACGGAGAAAACGUCAAAUUCAUUUGUCUCAAAUCAUUAAACAAUAUCGAAAAGCUAAUCAUUAAAAAGGAUGAUAACUUGAUCGAUGACGGCAAGAUAUUCAUUGAAAUCAUCAACUUGAUCAUUCAAUCCGAAAAAGUCAUUCCCAAACAAUUGAAAUCAGAAUGGAUCAGUGACUUGAAUGCCUUGAAUGAAGACGCCACCUCCACCGACGAUAAGUUGAAAAAUAUCAACCGUAUCUGGAACUUAUACGGAGCCUACUUUAGAUAAAUAUACGGAGCCUACUUUAGAUAAAUAUACGUUUUGCAGUC